CUCGCGGGUGUGGAGAGAGGAGAUGGGCCCGUGAGCGCCGCUUCCUCUCACAGCCGAGCUGCCCGAGCCGCCCCUCCUCCCUCCCUUCCCCUCCUCUUCCCCGUUCCCGGUCGGAGCGCUGCUUCCCCUUCCCCCCUCGGCGGCGCCCGUGGCCCGGCCGCGCCCUCCUGAUCCCCUCAGUCUCUCUCACACAGGCCGGGCAUUGAUGGUAAUGUAUGCGAGGAAACAGCAAAGACUCAAUGAUGGCUGUCACGACCGCAAGGGGGACUCGCAGCCCUACCAGGCUUUUAAGUACACAUCAAAGAGUCACCCCAGUGGUGGUGAUCAUCGGCAUGACAAGAUGCGAGACGCCACAGACCCUUCACCGCCAAACAAAAUGUUGCGGCGAUCCGAUAGUCCUGAAAACAAAUACAGUGACAAUAGUGGACACAAUAAAGCUAAAACCAUUCAUACUCAUAGAGUUAGAGAGAGGGAUGGUGGGACCAGUUAUUCUCCACAAGAAAACUCUCAUAACCACAGUGCUCUUCAUAGCUCAAAUUCACAUUCUUCUAAUCCUAGCAAUAAUCCAAGCAAAACAUCUGAUGCAUCUUAUGAUUCUGCAGAUGACUGGUCUGAGCACAUUAGUUCUUCUGGCAAAAAAUAUUACUACAACUGCCGAACAGAAGUUUCACAGUGGGAAAAGCCAAAAGAAUGGCUUGAAAGGUAAAUAAUUAA